AUAAAAGUUGGUAAAAUCGAUCAUUUGAAAGUGAGGAGGAUAGCCACCACCAGCCAAAGCUGCAGCGUGCAUUUCCAUUCCAACCCAAGUAACCUACUUAGAUGGAAGAGGAUAGCCAAAUAACAAAGGGAAAGUAUGCUGCUGAUAUUUCCUCCAUUAAGGAAGCCCAUGAUCGAAUAAAAUCGCAGGUUCUAAUAACUCCAGUUCUCUCCUCCGCCUCUCUGAAUGCUAUAUCAGGAAGGCAGCUGUACUUAAAGUGUGAAUGUUUCCAAAAAGGUGGAGCUUUUAAAUUUAGAGGUGCCUGCAAUGCUGUUUUCUCUCUCAACGACGAAGAUGCUUCCAAAGGGGUUAUUACACACAGCAGUGGAAACCAUGCUGCAGCGUUGGCUUUGGCAGCAAAACUACGCGGUAUCCCUGCAUAUAUAGUUAUUCCAAAAAAUGCUCCAACUUGCAAAGUUGAGAAUGUAAAGCGGUACGGUGGUCAGGUUAUCUGGUCUGAUGCCUCUAUGCAAUCAAGGGAGGAUACUGCAAAGAAAGUGUUGCAAGAAACUGGUGCUAUCCUUAUACAUCCAUAUAAUGAUGGACGCAUAUUGAGUGGCCAGGGUACCAUAUCAUUGGAGUUUCUGGAACAAGUCCCACAUAUCGAUACGCUAGUGGUACCUAUAAGUGGUGGUGGUUUGAUAUCAGGAGUAGCAUUGGCUGCCAAGUCCAUCAACCCGGCUAUUCGGAUUUUGGCUGCUGAACCUAAAGGGGCUGAUGAUGCAGCACAAUCUAAGGCAGCUGGGAGGAUAAUAACAUUGCCUGAGACCAAUACUAUAGCUGAUGGGCUCAGAGCAUUUCUUGGAGAUUUCACAUGGCCUGUGGUCCGAGAUCUUGUUGAGGACAUAAUAACUGUAGACGACAGUGAAAUCAUAAAAGCCAUGAAACUGUGUUUUGAAAUUCUUAAGGUUGUUGUGGAACCAAGUGGAGCAAUUGGCCUUGCUGCUGUUCUAUCCGAUACCUUCCAGAAAAAUCCUGCAUGGAAGGAUUGCAACCAUAUUGGAAUUGUAGUUUCAGGAGGCAAUGUUGAUCUGGCCGUGCUUUGGGAUUCUUUUAACAAAGCAAAAUGACUUUUGUUUUUGCUUAUGUGAACCUUCAUUGCUUGGAUAUGUAAGUGUUAUUCCAUUGCUGAUGUAAUAAUUUUAUGUGGUUGAGGUUAUUUCAAUGCUAGUUAUUAACUUGUUGGAUUAAAGUUCUUAUUUGUGAAGAAUCAUAUAAACAAUUUUUCA